CGGGAGCUCCCCAGCAUGAAGUCGAUCAGUCUGGGUGACAGACAAAGCUUGCGCGCGUGAGCCAUGUCCAUGCAGCCUCAAUUACAGUCCCUUCAGAUUGGCAGCACACCUUCGCCAUAGGGCAAUUCACCAUGGCGCCCAUUCCGCUCAUCGGCCGACUAUACGUCCACGAGUUCCUGGCGCUGGCCGCGUCUUUUGCCAUAGCCCUGCUCGAAGUCGUCGCACGAACCAUCACGCUCCUCCUGCCCACGCCGAUUAUUCGUGGCCUGUACCGCCUCAGUCGCAACGCAUUCAACAGCCUGUCCUCGCCUUACUCGCGACGCGCCCGCAACAAAAAGAGGAACGUGUCGAGUCCGAUCGCACAGGCGCACGACUUUCUGGAGCUGUGCGAGCUGUAUGGAUAUCUGGCUGAAGAGCAUGUCGUGCAGACCGGUGAUGGCUACCUGCUGGGCAUCCAUCGACUUGCCCAUCGGCGAGGGGAGGAAGACCAGCGCGUCAAUGCCGGACCGGGCAGCGUCGAGAAGAAGGUCGUCUACCUCCACCACGGCCUGAUGAUGAACAGCGAAGUCUGGGUGUGUCUGACCGAGGAGGAACGCUGUUUGCCAUUCCUCCUCGUGGAGCAAGGCUACGAUGUCUGGCUGGGCAACAAUCGGGGGAACAAGUACAGCAAGAAAUGCUUGCAUUACGGGCCCACCGAGAACAAGUUCUGGAAUUUCAGCAUUGAUCAAUUCGCCUUCCAUGAUAUCCCGGACAGUAUCAACUACAUCUUGGAUACGACCUACCAGCCAAGUCUCUCCUAUAUCGGCUUUAGCCAGGGAACUGCCCAAGCGUUCGCUACUCUCUCAAUACAUCCCACACUGAACACUAAAGUCGACGUCUUCGUUGCUCUUGCGCCUGCAAUGGCACCGCCGGGAAUAGCAUCUGGUCUGGUGAGCUCAUUGGUUAAGUCAAAUCCAGAAGUGCUGUACCUGCUAUUUGGCAGACGCGCCAUUCUUGGCAGCACCACCAUGUGGCAGGCUCUAUUAUACCCAGCCAUCUUCUCGUGGGUCAUCGACAAAUGCUUACGAUUCUUGUUUGGCUGGAAAGCUCUGAAUAUUGCGCCCCACCAAAAGAUCGCUGCAUAUCCGCAUUUGUUCUCGUUCACCAGCACGAAAAGUGUGGUCCACUGGUUCCAGAUCAUCCGAAACGGCAAAUUCCAGAUGUUCGACGAUGAAGUGACGAGUCCAACAAGCUUCAGUACCGGCAGCAAAUACUACAAGGUAGCUAAGUUUCCAACCAAGAACAUUAGGACACCUAUCGUGCUUGUCUACGGUGGCAGCGACAGCUUAGUGGACAUUAAGCUCAUGAUGAAAGAGCUGCCGAGGCAUACAAUCGCCAAGUGCAUACCGAAGUACGAGCAUCUGGAUCUGCUCUGGGCCAGCGACGUUGACAAGCUCGUGUUUCCCCACGUGCUCGAGGCCCUGAAGAGCUAUAGUCAGCAAGGUCAAGCCAAGCAGCAAGCUCUCGGCUGGCGGACAACUCGUCCAAGCCUCCUUGAUGGAGCCGCUGUGACUCCGAAUGGCUCGGCACCUCCUGGUUACUCCGACGAAGAAGGAAGCCACAAUCAUAGCCUCAAUGGCUACCAAGGCACCGCCUUCGCAGACGAGCGACUCUCCAACAGCGAAGCGCAACUCGACGAGAGUGACGACGACGACGAUAUCUACCUCGACGAGACGCCACUCACCUUCACUCCCUAUGCCUUCAGCAACUCUUCUCGAGUCCCUACUAUAGACGCAGCGACCGGUAUCAGACCAGCUCCGCUAGAAAUCACAGGACGCAGAAGUUGACGCAAUAGAAGCCUCGAUGCAGCCCAACCAAUCAUCGCAGCUGCAGCAUGACCAUCAGUCUCAUUAUGAGACUCCUGUACGAUCUCGAACAUCUCGCCCCUUGCAGCAACAGAAAAGCAGUCCGUAUACUACCCUGAGCAACGCCACCGAUGAAACUGUUGUGCCAAGAUCCAGGCCCGAAGGAUGGUGGUCUUCGACAAAUACAAGUGCAACGAGCUUGGUGGCUGCGACGGAUGAUGAUGGUGUUCCGCUGGAGAUGAAGAGAUCGAGAGAUGAUAGGAAAUAGUGUGUAAUCCAUUAGAUGUACCAGGUACUCUAGUAGUAAGGUAGUUGAAAAUUGAAGUUAUG